UUUCUCCAGGCAUGAAUAAGUGAAACUGUGAAUAUGGGUUGUGUGGGUCUUACUUUACUAAACCAAAGCAUGGACAUGUUGAGUGACUCUCCCUUUCAUGUUUUCUUUGACUCUUGAAUCUUUUUUAUAGGUAGAAGGACUAAACACGAGUCAGGCUCAGAUUCUACAUUCAGGAUCACUGCGAAAGACAGAUCAAUUGUGUGUGGGACUCUCCCAGGACCAGUUUGGGCCAAGCGUUGGCAGCAAGAAUAACAAUGGCAGAAGAAUACAAGGGUGCCACAUUUGGAGAUCUCCAGAGGGAUGCGGGGACACAGUAUGAAGUGAAGUUAGAGCCACGGGAAUUGAAGGUAGAACCACAUGAUGUAAAGGUGGAGCCACAUAAUGUGAAGGUAGAGCCACAUGAUGUGAAGGUAGAGCCACGUGAUGUGAAGUUAGAGCCACAUGGUGUGAAGGUAGAGCCACAGGACCUGGUGGAACCUGAAGUAGAGAGGGGAGUAACAGCCCAAGCUCUUCCAGUCAUCCAUUUUGGGGGGUUUAAGGAAUCCUGGGAGGCGGCUGAAGAAGUGAUAGAAGAUGGUGAAGAAGAACCAGAGGAAGCGCUAGAAGAUGCUGAAGAAGAACCAGAAGAAGCGUUAGAAGAUGCUGAAGAAGAACCGGAUGAAGCAUUAGAAGAUACUGAAGAAGAGCUGGCACAAGGCUCUGGAACCCAAGGGCUGGCAUUCCAGAGGACUGAAGACACACCUGACUCUGAUCAAGAACAUGAGCAGCUGCUGAGAAAGAGAUCAAGGGACGUCUCACAGGGAGAUUCCUCUCCCUAUGAAGAAGCAUCAGAUGCCGAGCUGGAGCCUGGGCAAAGUGGAGAAACCCAACCACUGUCUGAAACUGUAGGGGAAAUCCAGCAGCCGGUCAACAUCCCUUUGUCCAAGGAGGAGCCAGACUUCAUGGAAGUGGUGGAGGAAGAUACUCCAGAUGAAGGGGGUGCCACCCUAGACAUCGAGCGCCAGUGUUUUCGGCAGUUCUGUUACCAGGAUGCUGAGGGGCCCCGAGAGGUUUGCGGGAUGCUGUGGAAGCUUUGCCGGCGGUGGCUGCAGCCGGAGAAGAAGACGAAGGAGCAGAUCCUGGAGCUGGUGAUCCUGGAGCAGUUCCUGGCCAUCUUGCCCCGCGAAAUGCAAAGCUGGGUCCGGGAUGGACGCCCAGAGACGUGCUUUCAGGCCAUUGGCUUGGCUGAGGCUUUCCUGGCUAAGCAGCAAGGGAACACACCACGAGGCCGACAGGUUUUGUGGCCUUUCGGUGACGCAUCAGCUGAUUCGUCCAAGAAACUUAUGUUGGACUCCAUCAACUGGCCGCUUUUCAGAGGCAACAAGGAAGAAGUGGAAAGUCCCAACCUCACAUUGCUGGCAGGUGAUGGGAGGCCGUUUUGGAAGGAGAAGGACCUACCAGUAGAUGCUAGUGGUAUUGAAACCCCUUGGAUGCUUCCAGGAAAAUCAGAAGAAACCGUUUCCCAGAAUCCCAAUAAAGGAGAAGGUUCAGAGAGUCAGAAAAAACCUUGUCCCAGUAGCAAAAAAGCUGAAGCUAUUCAAUUUCAUCCUGCUUCGGUAGAGAAUCCAUUCACAUGCUGGGACUGUGGGGAGAGCUUCCCCGGCAUUGAUGUCCUGAUGGAACACCAGAGUAUCCACACAGGAGUGAAACCUUUCAACUGCUCGAAGUGCGGGAAGAGCUUCAAUCAGCGAUCCCUUCUUGUGAGCCAUGAAAAAACCCACACGCAGGAGAACCCCUUUACUUGCGCUGAGUGCGGUCAGAGUUUCAGCAGAAAAGCAGGGCUCAUGUCUCAUCAAAAGGUACAUACAGGAGUGAAGCCCCAUCAGUGCAAAGAAUGUGGGAAGGGCUUCAAUGAGUAUUCCAUCCUUGUGGCCCAUGAAAAAACCCACGCGGAAGAGAAGAAACCUUUUCCUUGCGCCGAGUGCGGUCAGGGUUUCACUGAGAAAGCGGAGCUUGUGUCUCACCAGAAAAGACACAAAGGACAGAAACCUCAUCAAUGCAAAGAAUGUGGGAAGGGUUUCAACGAGCCGUCCUUUCUUGAGGCCCAUGAAAAAACCCAUCUGGAAGAGCCAAAGGUGUUUACUUGCACCGACUGUGGUCAGGGUUUCAGUCGGAAAGCGGGGCUGGUGUGCCACCAGAAGAUACACAUGAAACAAAAGCCACAUCAAUGCGAAGAAUGUGGCCAAAGUUUCAUCCAAAGGUAUGACCUUGUUCGACAUACCAGAAUCCACACAGGCGAGAAGCCGCACAAAUGCCCCGACUGCGGAAAGGGCUUCCGGAACAUGUCUGCUUUCCACGUUCACCGCCGAAUCCAUACGGAAGAGAAACCAUACCCUUGCUCAACCUGUGGCAAGACUUUCCGUCACCGCACGAAUGUUAUUGUACACGAGAGGAUCCACACCGGUGAGAAGCCAUACAAGUGUGAGGAUUGUUCAAAGAGCUUUGGGGAUUCGUCAUCCCUCCGGAAGCACCAGAGGUCCCACACGGGAGAGAGGCCGUAUGUCUGUCCUGAGUGCGGGAAGACUUUUUCGCAGAAUGCAGGCUUGGUCCAGCAUGAGAAGAUCCACACUGGGGAGAAGCCCUUCCAGUGUGCCCUCUGUCCCAAACGUUUCCGGGACAAAUCUGGAAUCGUAUCUCAUCAGAGAACCCACACGAAGGAGACGCCCUUUCAGUGCAUGAUCUGUUUCAAAAGCUUUGGCCACCGCUCCAACCUCAUCAAACAUGAAAGAACCCACUCUGCAAUGAAAAGUUUCAUUGCAGAGACCCAAUAAUUCUCAGAAACCCAAUAAUUCUCUGCAUGACAAUGAAAGUGAAAAUGGAAGUUUGCCUUCAUUGAACUAACAGAACCCUGCAAUUUGGUUGUAUGACCAGUGAGGGGGACUAUCAAGUGUCAUUACUUCUGAUGAUAUCCACGGUGGUUUAACAUCAUAUAUUAUGGACAGGAACAAAACUAUAAACUCUGUUAAUUAUAUUGCAAGAAAUAUUGAUCACUGUGUUGUCGAAGAUUUUCAUGGCCGGAAUCACUGGGUUGCUGUGAGUUUUCUGGGCUGUAUGGCUAUGUUACAGAAGCAUUCUCUCCUGAUGUUUCACCCACAUCUAUGGCAGGCAUCCUCAGAGGUUGUGAGGUCUGUUGGAAACUAGGCCAUUUCUGUGGAAUGUCUAGGGUGGGAGAAAGAAUUCUUGUGUGCUUCAGGCAAGUGUGGAUGUUGCAAUUGGCCACCUUGAUUAACAUUCAUUGGCCUUGCCUUUGAUAUGGCCAAUGGGCUAAUCAAUAAAAUGUACUUACCCAUUGGCCUUGCAGCUUCAAAGCCUGGCUGUUUCCUAUCUGGGGGAAUCCUUUGUUGGGAAGUGUUAGCUGACCCUGAUUAUUUCCUGUCUGGAAUUCCUCUAUUUUUUGAGUGUUGCUCUUUAUUUACUGUCCUGGUUUUAGAGUUUUUUCAAAUAGUGGUAGCCAGAUUUUGUUCAUUUUCAAGAUUUCCUCCUUUCUGUUGAAAUUGUCCACACGCUUUUGGAUUUCAAUGCCUUUUCUGUGUAGUCUGGUUGUCAGAGUUGCCCAGCAUUUCUGUGAUCUCCAAAUAAUGCGCUGUGUCCAGGUGGGUUCAUCAAGUGCUCUGCGAUGGCCGACUUCUCAGGGGAAUCCUUUGUUGGGAGGUGUUAGCUGACCCUGAUUAUUUCCUGUCUGGAAGACCUUUUGAGUGUUGCUCUUUAUUUACUGUCCUGAUUUGAGAGUUUUUCAAAUAGCGGUAGCCAGAUUUUGUUCAUUUUCAAGAUUUCCUCCUUUCUGUUGAAAUUGUCCACACGCUUGUGGAUUUCAAUGCCUUUUCUGUGUAGUCUGGAUGUCAGAGUUGCCCAGCAUUUCUGUGUUCUCCAAAUAAUGCGCUGUGCCCAGGUGGGUUCAUCAAGUGCUCUGCGAUGGCCGACUUCUCAGGUUGGAUCGGUCUGCAGUGCCUGUCAUGUUCCUUGAUUCGUGUUUGGGCAUUGCUGCAUUUGGUGGUUCCUAUGGAGACUUUGUGGGCUUAGGAACAAAAGACCCUCCUCAAAAAUGGACAGCAGAGCAACUCAGCAGCAGCGUCGUGACCCAGCACCAAUAGCCCAAAGUGACAAAAAGAACAAAAACCCAAUGUUUUCUUUUCCAUAGAAGGCUUUUCUUUGUAGUAAAAUAAUAUAGUUGCACUAUUUACAAUAGCAAGGUUUCAACAAUACGAAUAAACAAAUACAUAGCAGCUUUAUACACAAAGCAGCCUUUAUAUUGGAGCUGCCUCACACAAGGCUUCUCUCACACAGAAGUUUACCUCACACUGACUGAGGCGUUCCCUCACUGAGGCAAACUAAUACUAACAGGCUUCGGUCUACACAGUCUCCUCAGAGCGAUGCUAGCUUUGGCCCACUAACUCUUUCAGUGUUAGAUAGUGUUAAAUAGAAGGCCACCUUUGUCAUCAAAAAUACACAGUUAAUAUUUAAUAUUUCUGACAAACUAGUCCACAGCUGCACGAUAUAGACUCCUGUAGAGGUGAAAGGAUCCCUCUUGUCCUUUACUGAAUGUAGCAUGUUAUUGGACAAAAUCUGGCUACCUGUAUUUAAAACAAACUCUAAAAUCAGGACAGUAAAUAAAGAGGAACACUCAAAAAGCAGGGGAAUUCCAGGCAUGAAUCAAUCAGGGCCAGCUAAUACCUCCCAACAAAGGAUUCCCCCAGGCAGGAAGCAGCCAGGCUUUGAAUCUGCAAGGCAAUCCAAUUCUAAUCAAGGUGGCCAUUUGCAACAUUCACACUUGCCUCAAGCAGCCAGGAAAUUAUUCCACAGAUAUACAAACCCCACUUGCCUAGUUUCCUUUUUUUUUAUUGUUUUAUUGGUUUUUCCCACUCCCACCCUCCCCUCCUUGUACAUGCCAUUUAUACAUCAAACUACAGAAGUUACAUUUGAAAUAUCAGUCUCAGUCUUAAUUUUUCUACUCCACAUCUUAAAACAUUCUCUAAAUAAUUCCUAACUGGUUCCCACAUCCUCUUAGUUAUUGUAACCUUUUCAAUUUUAUCUAUAUUAUUCCAUUUGCAGUUUGUUCACUUGCCUAGUUUCCAACAGACCUCACAACCUCUGAGGAUGCCUGCCAUAGAUGUGGGCGCAACAUCAGGAGAGAAUGCUUCUGGAACAUGGCCAACACAGCCUGGAAAACUCACAGCAACCCAAUAUUGAUCACAUUAGGAUUAAUAUGAUCAAGAAUAUUUUUACCCUGUGUGUCCCCUUCCAUCGAUUUUUCAUUAUUUCAUUAAUAUUUGUUCUGUUUUAUAGCGAAUCAGGCCAUUUAUGAUGGAUGCAAACCAUGAAAUGUAGUUAUGAUGAGAGUAUGACUUUCGAAAACGGACUCUGAUAAUGUUUAAUGUAUUGAAGGUCAUUUAAAAAAAAACCCAGUGACCUAUUAUGACCUUCUUGCAGCAUUUCUUGGUAAGAUACUGCUGUUUUGAACCCCCCAGAAUUCAAUUCACAAUGUUUAUGUUACCUAAGGAGCCAAUCUUAAGAUGGCCGCCAGCUGCUACAGAAUGGAACCGAGUGACCAAAAAGCCUGGUUCUAGAAUGAAGCUGCUACCACCUAAGUGUGGCUAUCCAGUUUUUGUUUUUUUCAUGUCAGGAACGACAUGUUUUACCAUCCUGUGUGAGGCUCCUCUCAUAUCCCCACAUGGGAAGCUGGAGCUGACAGACGGGAGCUCACCCCGCUCCCCGGAUUCAAACCACCGACCUUUCGGUCAGCAGUCCCGCCAGCACAAGGGUUUUUAACCCAUUGCACAAUAGGAAAGGUUAACUGAAUGAGGCACCAUCCAGCGAUACCAGGAGAAUGGUGCGAGUGGCAUUGAAGUAAGAUAUGGAGGAUCCACCAAAACUUAGUGCUGCCCUCAACACCUUCCUUACCUUGGCAGGUAUUAGUACCCUUGGUAUUCGCAGGUCCCCGGCGGACACCCAGAUCCAUCAAUGCUCAGUUCCCAUGGUAUACACUGGCAUUGCAAAAUCAAAGUUUGCUUUUUGGGUGGUUUUUUAAAAAAAAAAUCAAAAGUAUGGAUGAUUGAAUCCAUGGACAUGGAGGGUCAACUGCAGCUGACCACUUAUGCAGGGGAUUGCUCCCCUACUAGCUUUUGAAUGGAGAGAUUCCCUUUACCUGCUCGUUUCCUCCAACCUUGCCUUUGCCUCAAGAUAUGUAUUUUUUAUUAAACGUUUUGCCUUCAGCUUGCUUUUUUUUUUUUUUACAUCUAGGCUUUAGAAUGUACAUUAAGGAACAGCUUAUAGUGAUUUAGUAUCAGCUUUGUAGAAGCUUCUUUGUUGCAUCCUUUUAGAUUGUAUCCUUGUUUUAUUCUUCUUUCCUCCACAUUUAAUAAAGUCUUUUCUCAUUUGGA